GGUGAGGCCGCUGCCAGGUUCGGGGCGGAAGGAACGUCUCCAGCUAAGACGGGACGAAAGAUGGCGGCGGAAACGCUGCUGUCCAGCCUGUUGGGGUUGCUUUUGCUGGGGCUCCUGUUACCUGCGCCUCUGGCGGGGGGUGUCGGGAGCCUGAAUUUGGAGGAGCUGAGUGAGAUGCGUUAUGGGAUCCAGAUCCUGCCGUUGCCUGUCAUGGGAGGGCAGAGCCAGGCUUCAGACGUGGUGGUUGUGUCUUCCAAGUAUAAGCAGCGCUAUGAGUGCCGCCUACCAGAUGGAGCUAUUCACUUCCAGCGUGAGAGGGAGGAAGAGGCACCCGCUUACCAAGGGCCCGGGGUUCCAGAGUUGUUGAGCCCAAUGCGAGAUGCUCCCUGUCUGUUGAAGACCAAGGACUGGUGGACGUAUGAAUUCUGUUACGGACGCCAUAUCCAGCAGUACCAUAUGGAAGACUCAGAGAUCAAAGGUGACGUCCUCUACCUCGGCUACUAUCAGUCAGCCUUCAACUGGGAUGAUGAAACCGCCAAGGUCUCCAAGCAGCAUCGGUUGAAACGCUACCACAGCCAGACCUACGGCAACGGGUCCAAAUGUGAUCUCAACGGGAGGCCCCGAGAGGCCGAAGUUCGGUUCCUCUGUGAUGAGGAUGCAGGUUUAUCUGGGGACUACAUUGAUCGCGUAGACGAGCCCUUGUCCUGCUCCUACGUCCUAACCAUCCGGACGUCUCGGCUCUGCCCUCACCCUCUCCUCCGGCCCCCAGCCAGCGCCGCUCCACAGGCCAUCCUUUGUCACCCAGCCCUGCAGCCCGAUGAGUACAUGGCCUACCUCCAGAAGCAAGCUGAGUCCAAGCAGCGUGAAGAGAAAAUCACAGACGAAGUUCAAGACACAAGUCACCAAGUGUGGAGUGAGACCAAGUCUGCUGGGGUACCCCCAAAGAAAGAAGAUGCCAGCCCAACCAAGGAAGAUAAGGAGUCAGAGUUCUGGAAGACGCUACACCAGCCAGAAGAGCAGGCUGCCGGAGGGGAGGAGGCACGGGCAGGGGUGAGAACGGCCUCUCAGCCAGCUCUGAGGAGCCUGGACUCCGGCUUUGGAUGGGAGCAGGACCCGGACCCCGAGGCUGCAGCAGAUUCAGCUCCCAACCCUCCUAAUGAUUUCCAGAACAAUGUGCAGGUCAAAGUCAUUCGGAGCCCUGCAGACUUGAUUCGAUUGAUCGAGGAACUGAAAGGUGGAGCGAAGAAGGGGAAGCCAAGCGCAGGCCAGGAGCAGCCUGGAGACGAUACCACGGAGACCCCUCAGAGGGAAGCAGAGCUGAAGGAAAAGGCUGAUGAGCCUCAGGCUGCUGGGGAAGACGAGGAGGAGGAGGAUGAGGAGGAGGAGGAGGAGGAAGAGGAGGACGAGCGGCAGUUAUUAGGAGAGUUCGAGAAGGAGCUGGAAGGGAUGCUGCUCCCCUCGGACCGUGAGCAGCUCCGCUCGGAGGUCAAGGCCGGCAUGGAGCGGGAGCUGGAGAACAUCAUCCAGGAGACAGAGAAGGAACUGGACCCAGACGGGUCGAGGAAGGAGUCAGACCGGGAGCAGGUGAUACUGGCUCUGACAUCUACCCUCGACAAACUCAUCAAGAGGUUGCAGGAAAACCACAGCCCAGAUCUGGUGCAGAAACACAAGAAAAAGAGAGUUGUCCCUCAGAAGCCUCCUCCGUCACCUCCCCCUACAGAGGAGGAGCCUGAGCACAGAAUCCGGGUCCGAAUCACCAAGCUCCGUCAUGGAGGCCCCAAUCAGGAUCUGACUGUCCUGGAGAUGAACCGGGAAAACCCACAGCAGAAACAGAUCGAGGGGCUGGUGACUGACGUGCUGGAGAGGGAGGGGCUCGCCGCCGAAGGCAAGAUUGAAAUCAAAAUUGUACGACCUGGGGCUGAAGGUAACGAGGAGGACACGCGUUGGCUGACAGACGAAGACACGAAAAACCUUAAGGAGAUCUUCUUCAAUAUCUUGGUGCAGGGAGCCGAAGAGGCCAAUAAAGAGCGCCAGCGACAGAAAGAGCUGGAGACCAACUACCGCCGCGUGUGGGGCUCUCCAGGCGGCGAGGACACUGGGGAUCUGGAGGAGUUGGACUUCUGAGACCAGCACUGCCAGGCCCUCCAAGGAUUUCAGAAUCGUCCUGAUGGGCUCUGCCUCCUCCUCAUCUCCCUCCUUGGGGCCCCGGAGGCAAACGGGCAGGUUGGCGCCACGCUCUGGGCUCUGGACUUCACGGGCCCAGCCCAGAGGGUUGUGAGGGUGUGUGUGGGCCCAACAAGGGAGAGCCACCCUAAGGCCUCAGCCAGGCCUAUGGGCUCCAGGCCCCAAACAUGCCUUCCUUUGCCUCUUUGGCUUUUCCUGUCCCCUGACUUCUUAGCUCUUACCCCAUUUUACCCAGAGAUGUGAGAAGAUCUUGUGAGCGGGGCAUGGUGGGAAAAGCAGUUUAUCAGACUCCAGGAAAGCAGACCCCACCCUACCUCGAUGCCCUGUUGCUGUUGAGAGCUGCUCGCCCCCUCCCUUGGAUUUCCUCCUUCCUGUCCCGAUAUCUGUGCUUCUGAGUCAGGAGCCCUUACCUCUCACUGAGGGAAUAGGAGACCUUACGUCUCACCUCACACACAGUCCCAGCAAAAAGGGUUGGAUGUGGAGCUACCCACCAUGUCCUUCAGGUUUCUAAAUAAAGAACUGGACCAUCA